AAAAAUUGUGUACAGUUCGGUUAACAUUUUGAUCUUUAAAUUGUUUCAAGUCCUGAGUCUAAAUUUUUAAUGGAAGAAAAGCACUAAAAAAAAAUUGAAAAAAAAAAAUUGAAAAAAAAAAUUAAAAAAAACAAACAAAAAAAUUGUAAAAAUUAAAAAGUUUGCAAAACUUCAAAAUGGUUGUCCCACUUUAUAGUAGCGAAUGCUGUCCCAUCGUUGAUGAGAUUACGACGGACGUUCGUUGCUUAAUGAAAGGAUUAUGUUGUGAACUAACUAAACUCGAAAAUAAACACAAAAAGGCCUUCACAAAGAGACUACGUUUGCAUGAACUCGCUAUACCACCGCUAAGAAAAAGAGCAGAGCGUUUUGUACGAACCUGUGCCUGUAAGUUUCCAAAACCUAUUGAAUUAAUCCGUAUGGACAAAGCGGAGAGAACUCGUACUACUCAGCUUGCACUUCCCCAAGUCAGAAAACUACUUUUGUCACAAAAAGCACUGAAUAAACUUUGGGAAAACCCAUUCCGUAAUUAUAUACUAAAUCGUCUUAUUCGUAGUAGUCUUUUCUCUUUAUAUAGCCGUUUGGCUAAUGUUCAACCUCCAAAGGAACCAGUUAAGAUUCAUAAAUGGGAUAAAGAUGAGUGGAAAGUCCAUAGAAAAUAUCUUAAGAAGUUAGCUAGACAUAAAGUACCACCCCCUGUACCAAAAAUUAUAAGGAAGAGAAUGCCAUUAUCGGCAAUGUUUCGUUAUAAGAAACUGUACGAAUUGCAAUAA